AUGGCUUCAGGUCCAGUCACAAGAGGUAUAGGCCCUAACCCUGGUCGCCGUCGUAAUAAUAUUCCGACUCGCCUAGAUAUCCCAUCAUCUUCCCUAACUCCCUCUUCCUCAGCACCGUCGUCACUCUCUCCACUUAUCGUCCCAAUCCCAACUUCUUCGAGUUCUUCGAAUUCUUCUCAGAAACAAAAAUUGACCAAUGAACUCAUCUCUGUUGUGGGAAGAACGACUCCUCAACCUUACGACGAAGAGGAUUGCAAUUUCUUAGGAGAGGAAUUCCCACCAAUAAGGGAGAACUUUGCAAAAAUUAAUCCUGAAGAUUUAGAAGAAUUGGGAAAACUAGGCGAAGGCGCAGGUG